CUCUCCCUCCCCCGGCUCCCCUUCACUAAAAAGCCCUACAGAGCCACAACAGAGGCCCAACUCCCUUCUCAAUGGAGCAACAACGGGAAAUCAAACAAGAAGAAGAACCCAAUCCCCUCUUCAACUUAGCCCCAACAAUGGAAGAAGAAGAUCCUCUUCCAACUUUCACGUCUCUUCUCGGUUACACCACCAACUGCAAUAACACCAUCAGCAACAGCGACUGGUACUUAACUGAACCUCUCCAAAACCAUCAAGAAUCCUUCUCCUCUCUCCUCUCUACAAACCCUUUUGGCUUGGACCCAUUUGGGCUCAGCGCUCCCCUCAGCUUCACUGAUCUAAACCCAAUAGCUCAAUUUCAAACGACCCAUUUGCCUGAAACUGGUUUUCAAGCGUUUGAAACCCCUAAAUUUGUUAAUGGGUCCAAGUUUGUGAGGCCUGCUGAGGCUAAUCCUUCGAUUGGUGCUCAACCCACGCUGAUUGGAGAGGAGAAUGAGGAAGAGGGGGUUGAGGAUGGGAGCUUUGAUGGGUCUGGGUUGAAUUGUGAGUUUGAGGAGAAUGUGAAGAGCUUGGACAACAAUGAGAGUAAUGAGAGGAGGAGGAAGAGGAACGGGGCGGCUCCGGCGAAGAAUCUGAUGGCUGAGAGGAGGCGGAGGAAGAAGCUGAAUGAUAGGUUGUAUAUGCUGAGAUCUGUGGUGCCUAAAAUCAGCAAGAUGGACAGAGCUUCCAUUCUCGGUGAUGCGGUUGAAUACUUGAAGGAGCUUUUGCAAAAAAUCAAUGACCUGACCAAUGAGCUUGAGUCUACAUCUUCUAGCCCUUCUGUUCUUCCUACUGAUACAACAAGCUUUCAACCUCUAACACCCAGACCACUCACUUUGCCAUGCCGUGUGAAGGAAGACCUUAGCCCAAGUCCUAGUCCCUUGCCAAGCCCUAUUGGCCAGCCAACAACGGUGGAAGUAAAGAUGACAGACGACCAAGCAGUGAAUAUCCACAUGUUAUGUUCUCGAAGGCCCGGUUUGUUGCUCUCAACAUUGAGGGCUCUGGAUGCACUUGGACUCAACAUCCAACAGGCAGUUAUCAGCUGUUUCAAUGGGUUUUCUCUCGAUGUUUUCCAAGCUGAACAAUGUAAUGAUGGUUCAUGUGCGUUGCCUGAAGACAUCAAAUCUGUGCUUUUGCAUUCUGCUGGAUCUCAUGGUACGCUGUAUUAGAACUGAGAUUGAACAGUCUUUGUGAGAAAUGUUUGUGCGCUAACUGUACCCCCCUCCUCUGAUGAUGUUAACAAGUGACAAUGUUAACUUAUGGGAACCUGUAAUGACCGUCCGAAUAGGUGUUUGUGUUAAUUUAAAUUUAUAUAUAGGUUGAUUUACAAUUAUUUUUUUUGGCUAA